AAAAAUAUUAUGUCUGUAAACAUGAGGAGGUUCAGACAGUGAGCUCAGCAACUCGGAGGGAAACUCCACUUUAGAUGAGGAGCAACCAGGACCUCGGCAGAUAAAAGAAGAUAAAGAGGAACAAGAAUAUCAACAGUUUAAAGAAGAAGAGAGGCAACUCUGCAUCAGUCAGGCUGAAAAGCAACCUGUGCUGAAACAGGAGACUGAUGACAUUGUAAUGAUUCCUUUUAAUGUUCAAAGGCUCCACAACAAAACAGAACAAAGCAGGAACAGAUUCAUCUCUCAGGCCCUCCCUGAAGUUGAGAACCAGGAUCAAGAAAUAAACGAUGAGGAACCACAAAAAAGGGGAAAAGAGCAGAAGGAAAAUGAGAAAUGUGGGAAAACCAAACUGCAGAAAGGAAAUGCUGACAUUUCAAAAACUAACAAGAAAACUCACCCUGACCAAAAUAUAAAUUCUUUUAAAAUUGUUUAUAAAAGCUUUUCUCAAAAAAAGCCCCUGAAUACACACACGAGAACCUACAAGACUAAGAAGCCUUUCUCAUGUAUAAACUGUGGGAAAAAUUUCCCCAAAAGAAGCAGUUUAACUUAUCACAUGAAAACUCACACAGGCGAGAAGCCUUUUGAAUGUGUGAACUGUGGAAAAAGUUUUUUUCAAAAAGGAAAUUUAAAAGCUCAUAUGAGAACUCACACAGGUGAGAAACCUUUCACUUGUGUGACCUGUGGAAAAAGUUACAGUCAUAGAAGAAAUUUAACUUCUCACAUGACAAUUCAUACAGGCGAGAAGCCUUUUGAAUGUGUGAACUGUGGAAAAAGUUUUUAUCAAAAAGGAAAUUUAAAAGCUCACAUGAGAACUCACACAGGUGAGAAGUCUUUCUCAUGUGUGACCUGUGGAAAGAGUUACAGUCAUAGAGUUCGUUUAACGUGUCACAUAAGAACUCACACAGGUGAGAAGCCGUUCUCAUGUGUGACCUGUGGAAAGAGUUACAUUGAAAGAAAUGGUUUAACUUAUCACAUGAGAACUCACACAGGCGAGAAGCCGUUCUCAUGUGCAAUCUCUGGAAAAGGUUUUUGUCAAAAAGACAGUUUAAACAUUCAUAUGAGAAUUGACAAAGCUGAGAAGCCUUUCUCAUGUACAAUAUGUGGAGAAGGUUUUAUUCAAAAAGCAAGUUUAAAUAGUCACAUGGGAACUCACACAGAUGAGAAGCCUUUCUCAUGCGUAACCUGUGGAAAGAGUUACAGUCAUAGAAGAAAUUUAACUACUCACAUGAGAACUCACCCAGGUGAGAGGCCAUUCUCAUGUGGAAUCUGUGGAAAAGGUUUUUGUCAAAAUGACUAUUUAAAUAUUCACAUGAGAAUUCACAAAGGUGAGAAGCAUUUCUUAUGUACAAUAUGCGGAGAAGGUUUUAGUCAAAAAGAGUAUUUCAAUAUUCACAUGAAAACUCACACACGUGAGAAGGCUUUCACAUGUGUAACCUGUGGAAAGAGUUACAGUCAUGGAAGAAAUUUAACUACUCACAUGAGAACUCACCCAGGCGAGAUGCCUUUCACAUGUGUGAAUUGUGGAAAAUGUUUUAGUCAAAAAAGAAAUUUAAAAAAGCACAUGCGAACUCACACAGAUGAGAAGUUUUUCACAUGCGAGACCUGUGGAAAGAGUUGCAAACAUAAAAGUGGUUUAGCUCGUCACAUGAGAACUCACACGGGUGAGAAGCCUUUUGCAUGUGUGAAAUGUGGAAAAUGUUUUAGUCAAAAAAGCAAUUUAAAAAAACACAUGAGUGCUCACACAGGUGAGAAGCCUUUUACAUGUGUGAACUGUGGAAAAGGUUUUAGUCAUAAAAGCGUUUUAAAUAUUCACAUGAGAACUCACACAGGUGAGAAGCCUUUUACAUGUGUGAACUGUGGGAAGAGUUACAGUCAAAGAACAAAUUUAACUUAUCACAUGAGAACUCACACAGGUGAGAAGCCUUUGUCAGGUGCUAUUUGAAAAAGCACAAGUGCUCACACAGAUGAGAAGCCUUUCUCAUGUUAUACCUGUGGUAAGACUUGCAAAGACAGAACUGGUUUAACUGAUCACAUUAUUUCUGAUGUGUGACCUUGGGAAAGAGUAACACUGGUAGAAGUAAUGUAAUGUAUCACGUCAGAAUUGACAGAUUAGCAGAUUUUCUCUUGUAAAACCUGUGAAAACAUUUAAAAGAAGUAGUUUAACGAUAAAAUCGCAUUGUUGGGAAAGCCAUUAUUCUGGAUCUUUUGUGAGAGUAAACAAGCCAAAAAUAAUUGUUUUUUGUAAUUAUUUUGAUAAAAAUUGGUUCCAGUACAUUUUUAUAUUUUCAAGUGAGAUGUGGGUUUCUGAAUGAAAACAGGGGUAAUAUAUAUUCAGAUUUAGAGCAGAGAUUUUGAUCAUUGCACAUCGAAAAAUUUUAUUUGAAUAUAACCAUGUUCAAGGUCACUUGCCUGAUGUAUAUUUUUAAGUGUGGUCAGUUUGUUCCAUGAUCCACUUUUUUUCUUCCAGCAAAUUCAAUUCAAUUUUAUUUUAAUUAUAUAGCGGCAAUUCAUGAAACAUG